AUGAUUGUCGGUGGCAACGACAAAGACGGUGAACAUCCAGUGUCCAACUACAAACUGCUCAAGAAACUAUGUCUUCCCACACAACGUCCAAUCGGUAAAGUUUCAAGAGGUUAUUAUCUUAGACUUUAUGAUCAAAAACAAAUUGCAAACUAUGGUAUAAAGAUAAAAGACACAUUGAUAUUUAAGAAAAAGAUUAUUAAUCGUGGAUUAUGUGUGGAUGAUGCUGAUGGUGGAAUUGAAAUUACAGUUAUUUACUCACCAAUGUCGAUGGUACCAACUUUUCCAGAGGCAGAUGUUUAUCCAACGAAUAAAGAUGGUACGCCGGCGACAGGUAGUGGGGCAGCCGGCAAAGAGAAAGAUAAUAGAGAUUACAAUCCAGCUCAGAAGGAUCUGUUGAUAAAGGUGGAGCGACUGAGUGUGAUCGAUCCAUCGAUGCAACCGGCACCCAAUUCACCACCUGGUACUCCACUCACGGCCGUCGAGCUGGCGGGCGACGGUUACACCACUGAGAAACAACGAAAACACAAAUCACGAAGAACACCCUCUAGCGUUGGACUACCGUUCAAUCUUGUACAUAAAACACACGUAGAUUUCGAGUAUAAAUGGUCCGGUGCGAACCUCGAGGAUUCCUUUGAGUUCAAAGAGAAACUUGGUCAGGGUGGAUACGGUGCUGUAUUCCGCGCGCUCCAUCGCGAGUCCGGAACAACACUUGCAGUGAAAGUUCUAUCGAUUACACCGACAAGAAUUGCCGAUAUCGAAAAAGAGAUUGAUCUACUAAAGAAAUGUCGUUGUCAGAGUGUAUUGUCUUAUUAUGGAUCGAUUGCCAAACUGGCGGAACUCUGGAUUCUGAUGGACUAUUGUGCGGUCGGUUCGGUCAAGGAUAUGAUGAAAACCUGUUGUGAUACACUGGAUGAAGAGCAGAUUGCUGCGGUGGCUGCCGAUGUCCUGAGCGGACUGGGUUACCUCCACUCGAAGGGAAUAGUGCAUCUCGAUGUCAAAGCAGCGAAUAUCCUACUGACAGAAGACGGACAGGUCAAGAUGGCAGACUUUGGUGUCAGUCAGCAACUGCAGACUCCCUACGGACAAUCGUCGAUUCUCAUUGGAAGUCCGCUCUACAUGGCACCGGAACUCAUUCUCAAGGCACCGUUCAACUCAAAGGCCGAUGUCUGGUCGUUCGGCAUCACACUAAUCGAACUGGCCGAGGGAAGACCACCUUCACGUGGCUUGAAAUCGAUGGCACAACUCUGCGAAGUGCCAAACAUGCCACCACCCAAACUCGCCAAUCCCAAAGAUUGGAGUCCUUCAUUUAAUGAUUUUAUUUCAAAGUGUCUAACCAAAGAUCCUGAACAAAGACCAAGUGUUGGUGAUUUAUUAUCUCAUCCUUUUAUUCAAAAUGCUAAAACAACAGAGUGUUUAGGAAAUAUGAUAAAACAAUGUCUACAAAUUAGGGAAACACAAAAAGAUCAUGAUCAAACAAGAGAAUAG